UCGCCUAAUCGAUGUUCGUCAUGUCUGCCACCGCCGAUUUCAUUGCAGCGGCUAGGAAAGCAGAGUCUGACGAAUCCCAGCCCAAGAGGACACUUUGCUGUUGCGAAUAUAUUGAUCAAGCCAACAACCAGAAGUCCCAUCUGCUGGGAUGCUGUUGUAAUUGCGACGACUUUGACUUGGUAUGCACACGACUCGUCACGUGCAGGCGCAUUGAUCGACGCAAUAUAGACGGCAUGCUGAUUGCUUUCCAAGACCGCCUACGUCUGCCAUGGCGGGGUGGGGCCAAGCGGAUAUCGCCGGCCGCUAUUGCGCCAGCCUUCAUAAUCCCACUCAUGCUGGGCCUGGCCACCUUGAACUCCAAAACGGCUAUUGUUCUCAUGCUGACCAUGGUGGGCUUCUCCAUUUGGGGUCUUCAGCUGGCCAAGAAGACGGCCACACGGACCAAUUUCUUUCUCAGCUGGACGGUGUUCUCCGUGUUCUACAUGAUUGUCAUAUUUGAGUGUCAGGUGCCACUGCUGGAGCUUGUGCCGGAGGAGAACUAUUUCCUAAUGUUUUUCACCUGUGCGGGCAUCUAUUGCUUAUAUCGCACGCACCGCCUGGCUCCACUCAAUCUAGUUUCGGCUCAGUAUGGCACCACACCCAAGGACGAGCUACCCGGCAUCGCCGAGGCCUCGAGCGGCGAAGAGCAGGCCGAGGCACAGACCACACUCCAGAUGGACAGCGUGCUGGAUCUGAACGAUGAGGAGGUCGUGGACAUAGACACAGCGGAGCGUGCGGGUCUGAUGCAUGGCCAGCCGAACAUCUGUGAGAGCUGUCGAAAGGUGACGCCCAGACGGGCCUACCAUUGCCAGGUGUGCGGCACGUGUGUCAAGCGGCGUUCCCAUCACAGCUACUGGCUCAAUUGCUGCAUCGGCGAACGCAACCAGUCGUGGUAUAUAGCAGGGCUAUUCACAUCCCUCGUCGCAUUGAUAUUGGGCGCUAAUUUGACUCUAACUUCGAUAUGCCAUCCUUUUCUGUUGUUGCGUCCUUUCGGCUAUGCCUUGCUGCUGCCGGACGAUUGCAGCGAAGUCUUUGAGAGUUUCGAAUUGGGAAUAUCCUUUGUGGUGGCCUGUUAUAGCCUGCUCAUUUCAAACUACAUAAGCUUCCUGCUGGCACGCCAGGCAUUCUUGUGGUGGAACGAUACCACUCUGCACGAAUAUAAACGCGCAGCCAAUGCUGCAGCAGUCGUUCGCAAUCGCAUCUGGAGCAAUUGGCGUGCCAUUUUACAGUGAUUCAAAUACCAAAUACUCAAUCGAAACAGCACAAAACUUAUCGCCCAAAUACUAUAGUAUUUCCAUACACACAACACUCUCCCUCUCUCUCAGUGUUCUCUUGGUAGUUGUAGUGUCGUAGCGCUUUUAAGGAACUUAAAUGCAAUAUCCAAAACUAUUCAAAAUAAAUAAAAUUAAGUAACGUGAAACUAC